AUACACAAAUCAUCCCAAUGACAUCACAUAUUAAAAGAGUUUACAACUGGCUUUAAUUGAGUGAGACGACGCUGUACCGAUAGUCAGCGACUGUUUCAAUCUCGAUUGCACCACUCGUGUCAGACAAGUUACGUUCUAGAGCAAUAUAAACUACUACUAUGUCCACUUACAUCGUUGGAUUCAUAUUCGCAUUAAUCCUGUCGGCGUUUCUGAUCGCUUGGAUAGCGUAUUGCAUGUUUUGUAAAGAACGACAUAAGUCAGAACAUUAUCAGUACAAUGUGUCAGAUUUGCGUCGUAAGAAUUACGAAAUCGCCCAAGAGCAGCAGGAAUGUAACACCAAGGAAGUAACAGCUGGUAUAUUCAUGAUGCCGUCUCGACACAAGCAGAAAGAAGAAUAUACUUACGAUAAGAGACCAGAUUAUCCAGAGGGUAUCGUUAUGAAUCCACAGCCUAGAACUGAUAAACUGAUUGAGAUAUUUAAUGACAGUCCUCAGGACACAGAGAUGCGGAAAUGUGUCGAGUUCGAUAUCGACUCAAACGUUCGAUACCAUAGUGAUGUAUAAAUGUAUUACGCAACCACUUGUUCGAUUACAAUACACAUUUAGUAUUAUGUUUUGUAUUAUAUUCCACUGUAUGUA